AUGUCUGCCCGCGCGAUUCUCCCCGUCCUCCUACUUCUGAGCUUCAUCUGCUCCUGCCGGGGGCAGCUUCGAGUCGGCUUCUACGCUGACACGUGCCCCGACGCCGAGGCCACUGUCCGUUCCGUCGUCACAGACGCCUUCAACUCCGACGUCAACACCGCCUCCGGUCUCCUCCGCCUCCACUUCCACGACUGCAUAGUCGACGUUCGUCCUCUCGCCAGUCUUCUUCUUCUUCUUCUUCUCCUCCUCCUUCACCUCCUUCCUCCCCCGAUUUUGACAUGCGUGCAAUGUGCCAGGGCUGCGAUGGUUCGGUGCUGAUCAACCAGCCUGAUGGGCAGCAGGAGAACAGAGCCUUCGGCCACCAGGGUCUGCGGGGAUUCAACGUCAUCGAUCAAGCCAAGGCUCAGCUCGAGGCCACCUGCCCCGGGGUCGUCUCCUGCGCCGACAUUGUCGCCCUCGCCGCCAGGGACUCCAUCGCCCUCGUACCACCCUCUCUCUCUCUCUCUCUCUCUCUCUCUCUCUCUCGCUAUCUAUCUAUCCAUCUCUCUAUCUCUAUCCCAUUUCAGAGAGCUGUCGAGGAGAGAAUUCCUCUUUCACACUGUGAAUUCUCUUUCGCAGAGCAAUGGGCCGCGCUAUGAGGUACCCACUGGCCGCAAGGACGGCCUCGUUUCCGCCAUCUCCGACGCCAACAAUCUCCCCGACCAGGACGACCCCGCCGAAGUCCUAAUUGCCAAGUUCCGAGCCAAGGGCCUCUCCGAGAAAGACCUCGUCCUCCUCUCCGGUCUCUCUCUCUCUCUCUCUCUCUCUCUCUCUCUCUCUCUCUCUCUCUCUCUCUCAUUCUACCUGUCCAUUUCUCUCUUUCUUCAUCUUCCUUUUCUUUUUACCUGAAAGAAUUGGCGGCAUGUGAACUCACGCGUUGGAAUGUAUUCAUCUACUCACUGCGAGCUGAAUGAUUUUUUUUCCGGCAGCGGCGCACACCAUAGGGACGACGGCGUGCUUCUUCAUGGGGAAUCGGCUGUUCAACUUCCGGAAUUCAGGCGGGCCGGACCCGUCGAUAAAUCCGCCGUUCUUGCAGAAGCUCCAGCAAGCUUGCCCUGCCGGCGGCGACAUCAACCGUCGGAUAAUGAUCGACGCCGGCAGCCACCUCCGCUUCGACACCCAGAUCUACGCCAACAUACGCGCCGGCUUCGCCGUCCUCCAAUCCGACGCCGCCCUCUACAGCCACGCCGCCACCCGCCCCAUCGUUGACUCCUACCUCAGAUCCCCCGCCGCCUUCCCCGGUGACUUCGCCGCCGCCAUGGUGAAGCUGGGCACUGUCGGCGUGCUCACCGGCUCCCAGGGGGAGAUCAGGAAUGUCUGCUCCUCCUUCAACUAA